AUGUUUUGAAAAGGUGCCGCUCAUAUGCUUCCAAGAGCAUAGCCGAAGAGAUCGUUUACACACAUCCCCAGAGAGGGGCUGGUGACAUCACUAAACCGUAUGAACGACUUCAAUUGACCAAAAUGUACUGGCAUCGCUCUCUCCUUCUGGCCACCUUGGCCUCUCUUACUUCCGCCUCAAUACUACCGACCAACCUCUCGCCACGCCAGUCGGACAUCUUAACCACCUACGACUAUGUAGUCAUCGGCUCUGGUCCCGGCGGCGGCCCAUUGGCAGCUCGACUUGCCAUUGCAGGCAAAAAAGUACUGCUCAUUGAAGCAGGCGACGACCAAGGCGACUCGAUUCCCUACCAAGUUCCCGCCCUCAGCACCCAGUCGACUGAAUACGACCCGAUGAAGUGGGAUUACUUCGUCAAUCAUUACAGCGACCUGGAUACGCAAGAGAAGGAUUCGAAGAUGACCUACCGUACCACGUCCGGAGACACGUAUGUCGGAUUGAAUCCCCCAACUGGCGCCACUCCUCUUGGCAUCCUUUACCCUCGCGCUGGAACCCUAGGAGGCUGCGGAUCCCACAACGCCCUGAUCACCGUCUAUCCACACAAGAGCGACUGGAAUGACAUCGCCACCCUGACAGGGGAUCAGACGUGGACCGCGUCAAAUAUGCGCCAGUACUUUAAGCGUCUCGAGAAAGCCGAGUACUUGCCCAACGGCAUUGUCGGCCACGGCUUCAGCGGGUGGUUGACGACCACGGUAACGGAUCUCGGCCUAGUGAUUCAGGAUGUGAAGCUUCUCACCGUCAUCCUCUCGGCCGCUUCAGCCAUGGGAAAGAGCCUUCUCGGCAUGAUCCUAUCCACCAUUGCGGGUCUUGGCGACGUUCUACUCCGUGACUUGAAUGUUGAUUCCACGGGUCGAGAUUCAGCCGAAGGUCUCUACCAAGUCCCCAUCGCCGUGAAGGACGGGGUUCGGGCUGGACCUCGCGAGUUUGUACUGAGCACAGCUGCCGCGAAGAAUUCGGACGGUUCAAGGAAAUAUUAUUUGGACAUUAAACUCAACACCUUGGCCACCAAGAUCCGGUUCGACAAGAGUGGCGCCAAGCCCCGCGCUGUUGGAGUUGACUUUCUUGUCGGGCAGAGUCUCUACAAAGCCGACCCGCGAUUCAAGAGCACCUUUCAGGGUGUAGCCGGGACUGUGAACGCUUCUUCCGAGGUCAUCAUCUCAGCAGGUGCAUUUAACACCCCUCAGCUACUGAAACUCAGCGGCAUUGGGCCCAAGGACGAGCUCACCUCAUUCGACAUCCCUGUUGUCGUCGAUCUCCCUGGUGUAGGCACCAACCUCCAGGACCGCUACGAAACAUCAGUGGUUGGCAAGACUCCGACAGACUUUCAGAUUAUUGAAGACUGUACUUUUCUCCGCUCCUCGGAUGAUCCGUGUUUGAAGAAGUGGCAGAGCGGCGCCACCGAUGGGAAACGGGGCAUCUAUGGAUCGAACGGCAUCGCUCUGGGAAUUGUCAAGAAGUCCUCUGUCGCAGUGGAUAACCCGGAUCUAUUCAUUGCCGGGGCGCCAGUCAACUUCCCGGGCUACUAUCCUGGAUACUCGGCCAACGGCACAGCAGAUGCCCGUCACUGGACUUGGAUCGUGUUGAAAGCCCACACCCGAAAUCGAGCAGGCACAAUCACACUCCGGUCCUCGGACCCUCGUGAUGUUCCGCAAAUCGAGUUCAAUUCCUUCGAGAAUGCAGCAGAUGCGGCAAAGGACGUCCAAGCCCUUGUCGAAGGCAUGAAACUCUCGCGCAAAAUGCUCCAGAACACACUUCCACUCACUGGUGGCUUUACCGAGGUGUGGCCAGGAUCCGAUGUCAGCGACGCGGGUCUUGCGCAGUUUGCAAAGAAUGAGGCUUGGGGGCACCAUGCUAGUUGCACAUGCCCUAUUGGAGCGGAUGGGGAUACUAUGGCCGUCUUGGACUCCAAGUUCCGCGUCAGGGGAACAGAAGGGUUACGCGUGGUAGAUGCCUCCGUGUUUCCGAAGAUUCCUGGGUUUUAUAUUGCAGUGCCCGUGUAUAUGAUCAGUGAGAAAGCAGCUGAUGUUAUACUCGGGGUCUAG